UUGCAGGAAUGUGCCGCACUCGCGGCUGCUGCGCAGACCACCGGCAGCUCCGUCCACUCGCCUGCCGCUGCAAACUCUCCCCCCCAAAAAGUGCCGGUGCUUUCGCUUUCACCGUCCCAUACCCCAGGAUUAUUCCGUAGAAAAUAUUACUGAAUUCUUCCUACCGCCCACCCAUCACCACCCCAGACCCACCCCCCUGCCCCAAAAUGCCGCGAUCAUUCCUAGUUAAGAAACAUUUUAGCACCAGCAAAAAACCAAAUUACGGAGAACUGGAUACGCAAACAGUCAUCAUUUCUCCCUACCUGUAUGAGAGCUAUCCGAUGCCUAUAAUUCCUCAGCCGGAGAUCCUGAGUUCAGGCGUUUACAAUCCCGGGAGCGUCUGGGGCAGUGUCUGUUCGGCCCUGCUACCCUCUCCUGUCCCGAGCGACCCUGCACCUGCCUCCGAGUACACGGCCAUUCAGCCUUCGCCCCUCAGCAAUGGAAGCAUGUGCCCGGCCGCCCGGCUCAGCCCCCGGCAUCAGUCCAAGUGCGAGCGGCUCACAGGGGACGCCAAUGGCUCGGAGACCUCGGGCAGCGAUGAGGAGGAGAGGACCGGCCGCAGGGGCUCGGGCGAGAGCGCGGUGGACGCGGAGAAGUUCCGCUGCAACUUCUGCAGCAAGGCGUACUCAACUUUCUCAGGACUGGCCAAGCAUAAACAACUACACUGCGACGCUCAGACGCGAAAGUCCUUCAGCUGCAAAUACUGUGAAAAGGAGUAUGUCAGCUUGGGAGCCUUAAAGAUGCACAUCCGGACCCACACACUGCCCUGUGUGUGUAAGAUCUGUGGCAAGGCGUUCUCCAGACCGUGGUUACUGCAAGGGCAUAUCAGGACACACACGGGUGAGAAGCCUUUCUCCUGCCCACACUGCAGUAGAGCAUUUGCUGACCGAUCCAAUCUGAGGGCACAUCUACAAACUCAUUCAGAUGUGAAGAAAUACCAGUGCAAAAACUGUGCCAAAACUUUCUCCAGAAUGUCACUUCUGCACAAACAUGAAGAAUCAGGAUGCUGCAUAGCACACUGAGAAACAUGGAAUUACAUUGAGGACUAGUUCUAAUUACCUUUUCAAGUACAUUGCCAAAACAUCCUAACUGCUUUGUUCCAUCAAGAUAUAUUUUUUCAAUUAUUGAAGCAACUUCUAAGACUUACAUUUAGGAUACAAGUCUUGGAAAAUGAGAGUUUUGAUGAUUCAGAAUGUUAAAACUAUGCACAGCACCAUGGAGUGCAAUAUCAUUUGGGAUCCCUCCUCUGUGCCUUCCGUCAAUGCAGCUGCACAUUGUGUGCAUAUAUAAUGUAAAUACUCUAUUUUUUUAUUUGGGUUAUUUACUGAAUGCAGAAGUACAACAAGACAGACUUGAUGGCAAAGAUUUAUUUGUUACAGCUUGCAUGCUGAUAUGUUUAGCCAUGUAUUUUCCACCAACUUUUUUAAAAAAAACAUGUUUUGACUUUAUGUAAUAAAACUAUUUUUAAAUAUCCCA